AUGUCUGGUGCUAAGCUCCCUCAUCAUUUUAUUCGGGUUACAAAAGGGAUGAAGGAUGAUGCGAGGGUUUGGUUGACUUUCAUGGAGGAUUUUAAUGGAGUCAACACCUUCCCAGAUCCUGAUUGGCUAUCUGAUCAAUCGUUGGAGUUAUUUACGGACAGUGCAGGAAGCUCUGACUUGGGUUGUGGGGCAUUUUACCAUAAGAGCUGGUCUUUUUUCAAAUGGCCCUGCUCCUGGCAGAAAACCGAGAUACUGCGCGAUAUAACUUUCCUAGAGCUAGUUCCAAUUCUGCUAGCUAUCCAUACAUGGGGCAAUGACCUUCGAGAUAAGAAAGUCAUUUUCCGAGUUGACAACAGUGCUUUGGCUACUAUCCUGAAUAAGAAGACUUCAAAAUCAGACAGAGUUAUGUGUCUUUUAAGAGAACUUAUUCUGGUGUCAAUGCAAUACAAUAUUCAGUUUAAAGCACAACACAUAGCUGGGGUAGACAAUUUUAUAGCGGACGCCAUAUCUCGAUUUCAGUGGGGGAAAUUUCGAGUCUUGGAGCCAGAAGCAAAAGCCCAACCAGAGCCUGUUCCUCCCAGAUUUCUACAUUUGAUAUCAGCUGUGAAGUAG